AUGGAAUCUGCACUUUGCCUCCGCCUCCGCCACGGCCCUCUGUCUCCUCUCCCCCUACGAAUUCCUUCCCCUGUCAAGCCUGCAACUACAACGGUAACCCUUUUGUCUCUUCCACUCACCAACACUAAAACUUCAAUUAUUCACCGCCCACUUGGGCAUGGCUUCGGCCCUGUUUGUGCCAUUAAUGGGUUCCCAAAAGCUUCAACGAAUGAUGGUGGGGAUGGUGGCAAGCAAAUUGUGAAAGGGAGUGUAGGGGCGUCUCUGGCUCUGGCUUGUGUUCUUGGAAUCAUCAGCUGCGGUUGUAAGAUGAGUCCUCCUGUAGCCAUUGCAGCCUCCAAGGCUCAGAAAUCUAUAUCGAUGUCUCCGAUGACAAAUAUUUACCCCGGCGGUGGGAGGCUACCGCUGAAAUCGUUGCUGGAUAUGAGUGUCUACCUUGCUGCAAGUCAGGAUAACCAGAAAAGAUCUGUUUUUUCGAUCUUGAAGACUAAAAGGAUUCAACCGAAAGACAUUGAAGCCCUUAAGGAGGAUGCAAUAAUGCAGCUAAAGAACUCUGGAAAGGGUGAUGAAGUAGUUAAGCAACUGAAAGAGGCGUAUAAGAGCUGCAAAGGGGAUCCAGAGCCGGAGACGAAUGUGGAGAUGGCACUCGUUGAAGUUCUCAUCUUGCUGGGAAGAUAUCAAGAAGCAUCCAAAUGCAAGUGCCUCCAGCGAGAUCUCCCUUCACCUGGCCCUUCUGAUGCUCGAGUUCCUCUCUACAAGGCUAUUAUAUACACCAUGUUGGAUAAUACGGAUGAAGCAAGGAAAUGGUGGAAAGAAUACACAAGAGCUGUUCAAGGAGGAAUCCCCUUUCCAGAGGGCAGCUGAUCCGAUUAACUCACCUCAUUUUCCAUUUUCUUUUUUCUUUUUUCUUUUUUCAAUUUAG